AUACACAUUACACAUGCUAUCUCAGUAGUAUCGAAUUCGGUUCAACUAUAUUAUGUAAAAAUAAAUAACUUAAUAUUUUUAAACUAUUUAAAUGUAUAGUAGGUGAUAGGUUAUAGACCAGUCCUAACGUUGUUUUAUUGUUUAAUAAUUCUAAAUUCUAAAUAUCUAAGACAAAAAAUUAGAUUUCAAAAAAAAAUAAUAAUAAUUUUUUAAAAAUGUCAAGAAUAAUAAGAGUAGUGAAGGAAACUUUUAGAAAAUAUCCAAUCAUUGCUAAUUCAGCCGUCUAUGGUACAAUGUGUGUUGGAGCGGAAUUUUCACAACAAAUAUUGACUAAACGUAUAUUGAAUAAAACUGAACCACGAGAACCAAUCGACAUAGAUGUAUUAGGACGAUAUGCCAUAAUGGGAACUUUAGUUAGUCCAAACAUUUUAUAUUUUUGGUAUAAAUGGUUGGACAAAGCAUUUGUGGGUACUGCACCAAAAAUUAUUGUUAAAAAAUUAUUAAUUGAUCAAUUCAUAAUGACUCCACCAUUUUACGUAGUUUUUUUCGUUACUAUGAGUCUCCUAGAGGGAAAAAAAGAUUUAUUUGAAGAAUGCAGACAGAAGUUCAUUCCUACAUUCAAAACUAGUUGUGUGUUUUGGUUACCAGCACAAGCUAUUAAUUUCACGUUGGUGCCACCAGCUGCUCGUGUAAUUUAUGUUGGAAUAUGUUCAUUUAUAUGGAUAAAUAUGUUGUGCUGGAUCAAAAGAAAUGAUUACAAUGCCAUUAAAGAGGAAUAGUUAAUUAAAAUGCAGAAACUCUGGUAUCAAAUAUUAAUCAUCUUUCAGUACCUAUAUAUUUUUAUGUUCAUACUAUGAGUCUUUAACUGUUUUAAUGUAAAUUUGUUUUUAUUGGUAAAAACAAUAGAAAUAAUAUAAUUAAUAAAUUGAGCUUUUGAGAAAAUUA